AUGGGGAAUGCGGGUUAUACAUCCUACUCAAAGACAAGAAGUAGGAAGCAUCAAACUAAGCUGCUUACAACUUUUACAACUUUUUUUUUUUUUGUCAGGGUUGAUAAAGAUAGGAGUGGAAUAAUAUCUGAUAAUGAACUUCAGCAGGCAUUAUCUAAUGGUACAUGGACUCCUUUUAACCCAGCAACAGUCCGAUCAAUUCUUGGCAUGUUCGACAGAGAAAACAAAGGUGGUGUGAACUUCAAUGAAUUCACAGGAGUCUGGAAGUAUAUCUCAGACUGGCAGAACGUCUUUCGAACGUAUGAUAGGGACAAUUCUGGAAUGAUUGACAAAAAUGAGCUAAAGCAAGCACUAACAGGUUUUGGUUAUCGACUGUCUGACCAAUUCUAUGACAUCCUAAUUCGGAAAUUUGACAGACAAGGAAGAGGACAAGUUGCUUUUGAUGACUUUAUUCAGUGCUGUGUUGUCUUACAGAGGCUGACUGAUGUAUUCAGACGUUACGAUACUGACCAGGAUGGCUGGAUUCAAGUGUCCUAUGAGCAGUAUCUUUCUAUGGUCUUCAGCAUUGUAUGAUGGUGACAGCUAACAAUUGUGCACUGACACUUUUACAGACUGGAGUUGCCAAAUCAUCAUGUACUGAAUAAGAUUACUGAUAUAUCAAAAUGGCUACAACUUCUCAUUCUUAAAUUUUGUAUGUUGGUCACUACUUUCAUAAUUUCUGUACUGUCUGUUGCAUUUUACUUUUUACUGCUGUACCACCUGAUCAUAUCAUGCUUACUGCAGUAUAGAAAGCACAGAAUCUAGAUUUAACUGGU